AUGGGAAAGGCCGCCGGGAGUACUUUCGUUCGUGGCAAAGCGCGCGACUUAACCCAUCCAGACAGCAAUGGAGACUCCUCCAGGGUGCAGAGGACCUUGCAGACUAAUACCGCUGUGACUCCCAACCGUUCCAGUCAAAAUCCAGGGCCAUCUCCGCUUCCAAAGAACAGAGAUGGCCCUAGGAAUUUUGAAUUCGUCCUAGUCACCGACUCAGAGUCCCGAAGACAAGUACGACGCUAUGCUAUGCGCCAAUACGUUCACCAACGCCGCCUGGAUGGCAUUGCUCGGUUGGAGUCGAACAAAGCUCGUGUUCGUGGGUGGUCAAUUGCUGGGACCAGCACCGAAGGCGUUUCAUCAGCCGCGGAGGAAGAAGAACCCGGAAACUCCCCCCUCUCUAAUUCCAGCUCCAGCUCAAGCUCCAGUGUGAAUUCUGUCGAUUUUGGAAUACCAGGUACUGCUAUACCUGAGCCGGCUGGAAUGUAUGCAGAUUGUUAUGAGCUCCCUACCUCAGAUCCACAGGCCGGGCCAAGCUCUGGAGCAAUGGACCCUUUCCAAAGUCUCCCUUUGACUCUAGACAAAACAGAAUAUGGUCUGAUACCACACUUUAUCACAAUAUACCCGUUUAGAAUGUACAAGAUGGACCCUAGGCACCAAUACAACCCAAUAAGGGCAAUUUUUCAGCGCGUUGCAAUUCAUGAUCCUGUACCCUUUCAAGCGAUGCUUGCUGUUUCGGCGAAACACAUGGCAGGUACACAUAACCAAACCGAAAAUGUACUUUCCUUAACGCAUAAAAUGCGAGCAUUGAGAUUGUUAAACGAGCGUCUGAAGAAUGACACAUCGGGGAAGGAAGAAGGCACUAUAUAUAGCGCAGCUAGCAUGGCUGUCAUUGAAAAAUGGUCUAAAGACGAUAAUGUCGAGAAUAUGCAUAUUCGAGGCCUUACGCAGUUGCUUAAAAAACGGGGCGGGAUGCGUGGAAUGCGCGCAACGAGCCCAACAAGUCACUUUAUGGAAAAGGUCCUGUACUGGGUCGAUUUUAGCUGUGCUCCUGAUGCAAUUGUUGGGGCCACGUUUCCAUGGACAGGUGACACGCCUGACAUACCCCCAACCCUUUCAUAUAUGGCUCCAAGGUUAUCCGUGGAUUCAUCAAUAGCUCUUACUCAUAAAGACCUACCGGAAAUACUUCAAGCUUGCGAAAAUUUUUUCUCAUUUUUUCACUCUCUUAAUGAACUUCAGCAAUCCUUGCUUGCACGUUAUGAAGUUGAAGAUAUCGAGGAAAAUGAAUCUCCGCCAACCCCGAGCUUCUUUUACCAGACUUCACCCGUAUACGACAUUUUAACUUCAGUCGCUGAUUACGAUCACGGUAUACAAGAUAUUAGCUACAUUGACGAAUACGUUUGUGUGGCUUGCCUAUUUUAUCUCAAUGUUGCCCUUUUUGACUCAUAUUCGGCACCCCAAAACUUCAAUAAUUAUCUGGACUGGAUCAAUUUCGAAGUUGGAAAACUCAGCUCAUACGGGACCGUUAGCGUCGCAUCGGUACUGUGGAUUUUCCUAGACAAUGGAGGCUUCCCAACCGGGCAACAAGCAGACAAUGGCGAAAGGAGCUGGUCGGUAUCCCAAAUGCUACGAGUUGCAAAACGACUUUGCCGUACGGCAUCAGGCACCCUAUGGGAUGAUUUGAAAUCUACGCUUUUGGACUUUUUGUUCAUACAUCGCGAGUGUGGAAUUGGCAACAGCUCUGUUGGAAAACAAGAGCUAUCUGCUCGGAGACGGUGGCGACAUAACCAGCCAGUUAUUAUUCGGAAAGAGGCUGAGCUACGGCGGAUUAUGGUUCAGCAGAUUUACGCCGCGUUUCCUUCUGCGAAAGUAGAGAGUAUACCUUGCUAG